CUUAUUUUCUUCAAAAAAGGAAAAGAAAAGCAAAAAGAGGAAGAAAGGACGCCCUCUCUCAAAUGGGCCUCCUGGUCCAGCUCCCCAACCUCGCCGCCGCCCGGCGCCCAGCCACCGCCGCCGCCCGCCUGAGCUGCCGCGGUGGGCGCCUCACUGUAUCUGCCGCGGCGCCCGGCGGUCCCGUGAAGGAGGAGGAGGAGAAGGGGGCGGGGAAGAAGGAGAAGAUAGUGAUUAGAGUCUCGGACCCGGUGCGGGAGAGGAGGCUCCCGCCACCGCUGUCCUCCGCCCCGGAGGCGUCGUCGGAGCCUCCACUGGCACCGGUCGCGGAUAGGCAGCGCGGCGAGGAGGACGGCGAGGAGGAGGGCAGGAGGCGGUACUACGUGAACAUGGGGGACGCCAUCCGGACGCUGCGGGAGGAGCUCCUUGUCCUGUUCUACCGGGAGCCCAGCUUCGAUAUCUACAGAGAUGAUAUCAUCUUCAAAGAUCCUCUCAAUAAUUUUGUGGGUAUUGAUAAUUAUAAAAGAAUAUUUUGGGCACUACGGUUUAUUGGCCAAAUUCUCUUCAAGGCAGUGUGGAUUGACAUUGUCAGUAUAUGGCAGCCCAUCGACAAUGUAAUCAUGAUCCGGUGGAUUGUCCAUGGCAUCCCCAGGGUUCCAUGGGAAGGAUAUGGCCGCUUUGAUGGCACCUCAGAAUAUAAGUUGGAUAAGAAUGGGAAGAUCUAUGAGCAUAAGGUGGACAAUCUUGCCAGGAAUUCACCAACGAAAUUCAAGGUCUUGCCAGUCGAAGAGUUCAUCAGAUCACUUGGAUGCCCAUCUACUCCAAAACCGACAUACUUUGAGACGCUGACAUUAUCCUUGAUGUCAGUCAUGCCAUUUUGGUUGAGAUUGACAUGUAUGAGAUGCUACCUGUCUUUGUACCUUACUCUAGCUAUUUUAGCAAAAGGGUGAUGGCUCAGGUCCAAUCUGAUGUCUCCAAAUUUUGCCGGAAAUGCACCUACUUCCCAAUGAGCAGUACCUAAUUGUAACAACUGUGUGUGUACAGUGAUAAAUUUUUAUUUAGAGAAUAUAACUAUAGAUGCACCUCUUGGCUGA